AUGAUCAUUUCCUCUUUUCAAACCUCCGUGGCAGUUUUUGCCCUAAUUAUUCUGCAUGUCAGUGCUUUGGAUACUUUCAAAGCUGCAGUAUAUGAACAUGCUGUCAUAUUGCCAAAUCACACAGAAACACAUGUUUCUCAGGAUGAUGCCUUGCACCUCAUGAACAAGAAUAUAGAUAUUCUGGAGAGAGCAAUUAAGCAGGCUGCUGAACAGGGUGCUCAGAUCAUUGUGACACCAGAAGAUGCAAUUUAUGGAUGGAAAUUUACCAGGGAAACCAUUUUCCCUUAUCUGGAGGAUAUUCCAGAUCCUCUGGUGAACUGGAUUCCAUGUCAAGACCCACACAGAUUUGGUCAUACACCAGUACAAAGAAGACUCAGCUGCCUGGCCAAGAACAACUCUAUCUAUGUCUUGGCAAAUAUUGGGGACAAAAAGCCAUGUAAUUCCUAUGACUCUGCGUGUCCUCCAAAUGGCCAUUAUCAAUACAACACCAACGUGGUGUAUGAUGCAAAGGGAAAGCUGGUGGCACGUUACCACAAGUACCACCUCUACUCUGAGCUUCAGUUUGAUGUCCCCGAAAAGCCGGAGUUGGUGACUUUCAACACCUCCUUUGGAAAGCUUGGCAUUUUCACAUGCUUUGAUAUUCUCUUCCAUGAUCCUGCUGUGACCCUGGUGAAAGAUUUCCACGUGGACACCAUAUUGUUUCCCACAGCUUGGAUGAAUGUUUUGCCCUUUUUGACAGCUAUUGAAUUUCAUUCAGCUUGGGCAAUGGGAAUGAGAGUUAAUCUUCUUGUGGCCAACACACAUAAUGUCAGCCUAAAAAUGACAGGCAGUGGUAUCUAUGCGCCACACUCUCCCAAAGCAUACCAUUAUGAUAUGGAAACAGAGUUGGGAAAGAUCCUCUUUGCAGAGGUGGAUUCGUAUCCCCGAAACUCUCCGACCUACCCACCAGCUGUGAAUUGGAGUGCCUACGCCACCACCGUCAAACCAUUCCCAGGACAGAAAAACUCCUUUAGGGGCUUUAUUUCCCGGGAUGAGUUCAACUUCACAGAACUCUUUGAAAAUGCAGGAAACCUUACAGUCUGUCGAAAUGAGCUGUGCUGUCAUUUAAGCUACAGAAUGUUAGGAAAAGAGGAGAAUGAAGUGUAUGUUCUAGGCGCUUUUGCUGGACUUCAUGGCCGAAGGAGAAGAGAGUAUUGGCAGGUAUGCACGAUGGUGAAAUGUAAAUCCACUAAUCUGACAACUUGUGGACAGCCAGUAGACACUGCUCUGACAAGAUAUGAAAUGUUCUCCCUAAGUGGCACAUUUAGAACGGAGUAUGUUUUCCCUGAAGUGCUACUUACUAAAAUCAAUCUGGCACCUGGAAAAUUUGAGGUACUAAAAGAUGGGCGUUUGGUAAACAAGAAUGGAUCAUCUGAGCCUAUUCUAACAGUGUCACUGUUUGGCAGAUGGUACACUAAAGACGUACGUUCCAUCUCAGGUGGGACCAGCAACUCAGCAACAACUUACCUGAUAAUAUACACAUUAUUAAUGAUCAUAGCUUUGCAAAAUACUGUGAUGGUGUAG